AUGGGGGAAAAGGACCAGCAAAUCUCAACCAUCAAGGCGACGUCCCCGCUCGGGGACCCCCGGGUGACCUACAACCUGGAGGAGGGUCAGGUGCCAGAGACCAACAUGCCGGUGCGCUUCUACGUGAAGCCCAACCGGGCGGACAGCUCGGCGUCCAUCCUGGUGGCCGAGAACCUGGACUACGAGAGCACGCGCUUCUUCGCGCUCAGAGUGCGAGUCCAGAACGUCGCCGCCGUGCCGCUGGCGUCCUUCACCACCGUCUACGUCAACGUGACGGACGUCAACGACAACGCGCCCUUCUUCCCGUGCCCGGCAAUGGAGGUAGACGGGUGUUUCGUGGGCCAAGUGCCUGAAAAUUCGCCCGCCGACACCUCCGUCAUGGAGAUGUGCGCCAUGGACCUGGACGACCCCAACGAGGGCGAGAACGCCAUGUUGACCUACAGCAUCAUCAAGAAUGUCCGCAACCAGAUCAACCUCAACCUGUUCUCCAUCAACGCCAACACGGGGACCAUCUACACGGUGCUGCGGUCCCUGGACCGGGAGGCGGAGGACCGGUAUCUGGUGGUGGUCGAGGCCAGGGACGGAGGCGGUUUGGCGGGAACAGGGACAGCCACCAUUAUGAUUUCAGACGUCAACGAUCACCCGCCCGUCUUUACUCAGAAGAUCUACACCGCUCAGAUAACCGAGGACCUGGAGGUGAACAGCGAGGUUCUCGUGGUUUCUGCCACGGAUGGCGACGAGGGCGAGAACGCCGUGGUGACCUUCAGCAUCGUCGGGGGUGACGAAGACAGGAAGUUCUUCGUGGAGACGGACAAAGCGAACCGCCGCGGCGUGAUAAAGCUCAAGAAGAAGGUCGACUUCGAGAAGCCCCGCGAGAGGACCUUCAAUCUGACCCUGAAGGCCGAAGACGCCGAUUUCUCCGGCCUGGCGUACUGCCUCGUUCAGGUGGAAGACGCCAACGACCACGCGCCCGUGUUCUUCCCGCAGUUCUACGAGUCGCCGGCCAUGUCCGAAGACGUUACCGUGGGGACUAUCGUCGCUCAGGUGACAGCUUCUGACCUCGACUCGGGCCAAAAUGGACGCUUUUCUUACAGCAUUUCAAAAGAGUCGGACCCUCACGCUCAGUUCCUGGUGGACCAGUCCGGUUGGGUGGUAGUGGCCGAUUCUCUCGACAGGGAGAAGGUCUCGCAGCACAGGGUCAUGGUCCUCGCCACAGACGCCGGGACCCCUCCGAUGACCGGCACCGCCAUCGUCGUCGUCGCCGUGCUCGACGUCAACGACAACGGGCCGGAGUUCGAGGUCUCCUACGAGCCCGUCGUCUGGGAGAACACGCCGGCUCCGCAGACGGUCCGAAUGAAUGACACCUCCCUCCUCCUCCACGCCACCGACCGGGACACGUCCGCCAACGCCGGACCGUUCUCCAUACGGCUCCUGAUGCUCACCUCGGACGCCGCCGACUUCAAUUUGUCGGACUUUCGGAACGGCAGCGCGUGCGUCACCGCCCUCCGGACGUUCGACCGCGAGCGGCAGAAGGAGUACCGCCUCCCGAUUCUCAUGAUUGACAGCGGCUCGCCGCCAAUGAGCUCCACCGGCACGCUUACGGUCGUCAUUGGAGACAGGAACGACCACCCGCACUCGCCAGGACACACCAACUUCAUCGUCUACAGUUAUCAGGGUGUUCUCCCGACGACGGUGCUCGGACGAGUUCAAUCCCCCGACCUUGAUGACUGGAGUGAGAAGGUGUACCGGUUCGAAGGCAAACCAUCCAGGUUGUUCAGUCUGAACCAGAGCUCCGGGACGCUCACUAUCAGGGAGGGGGCUCCUCCGGGGUCGUACCAGCUGCAGGUGCGAGUGUCGGACCACACCUGGCCCGACGUCACCUCCACGGCUCAGGUGGACGUCAGGAGGCUGCAGCAGGACGCCGUGAUGAACGCCGCCUCCGUCCGCAUCAACAAUCUGACGGUGGAGGAGUUUUUCAGCAGUAGAGGAGGUGAGGAGAGUCGAUUCUCUCUUCUGGGUCGGGCGCUAGCUGAACUCCUGCAGACGUUGCCGGAAGACGUGGAGAUCUUCUCGGCGGGCGACGCCGGCCGGCGCGGCGUGAAGGCGCUCAACGUGUGGUUCGCCGCUCACGGCUCGCCAUACUACAAGGCCGAGAAGCUGCACGGCUACGUGGCGGCGAAUGCAGCCAAGCUGGAGGCCUUGUUGGGCGUGUCAAUCCUUCAGGUGGGUGUUGACGAAUGUCCCUACACAGACUGCAGCGGGUCCGGGGGCUGCAGGACCGAGGUCUCCUUCAGCCAGGCCCCGGUGGCCCUCAGCACCGGAAACACCUCUCUGGUGUCGCUGUCGGCCUCGUCGACGGCGCGAUGCGGCUGCCGAGGCCGAGAGGCGGUUCACCUGCCCUGCUCCGCUUACCCCACCAACCCCUGCCUCAACGGGGGCACCUGCCAGGACGGGCCACUGGGAUACGGGUGUAAGUGCCCCCCCAUGUUUGACGGGCCUGAGUGCCAGCAGACCAAACACAGCUUUGGCGGCCAGGGCUAUGCCUGGUUUCCUCCCAUCAUGCCUUGCUUCCAGAGCCACCUAUCCCUGGAGUUCCUGGCCGAGACGGCGAACGGGCUGCUCCUCUACAACGGGCCGCUGGGCCCCGCCCACGCUCGGGAGCAAGAGGACUUCAUUGCCGUAGAGCUGAGGAACGGCGUUCCAGCCCUGAGUAUAAACCAUGGAUCGGGAACCCUGACCCUGCAGCUCCCGGCCAAGUCCACCGUCAACGACCGCCGCUGGCACCGCCUCGACAUCGUCAGCGACGGAAAGGCUGUCCAGCUGAUCCUGGACCAGUGCGGGGGGGCGUUAGUGAACCAGCUGGAGGGCGUCAGCGGGGACGCUCGGGAGACGGACGAGUCCGGCUGCAGAGCUGCAGGAGAGACGCCAGGAGACCAGAGGUAUCUGAACGUCUUCCAGCCUCUUCAGUUGGGAGGAAUGAAGGAAACGUCUCCGCAUCGCCGUUACCGCAGUUUCACCGGCUGCAUCCGAAACCUGGUGGUCGACAGUCAGGUGUACGACCUGGCGUCUCCAGGUGAGAGCGUGGACAGCACCCCGGGGUGCAGGCUGACCGAUGGCGUGUGUGUGACGGCGGCCGGUCCUUCCUGCGGCGCUCACGCCUCCUGCCUCGCCGACUGGGGCUCCUUCAGCUGCGAAUGCCACCCAGGAUACACGGGACACAAGUGUGACAGCGCCGUCCCGGAGUUCUCCUUCGACCCGGGCAGCGUUGUGCGUUACCAGCUGAGAGCAGGCGGCAGCUCUCGCCGCACCAACGUCCAGCUGCUCCUCCGGACCAGAUCCACCUCGGGCACCCUGCUCUCUGUGACGUCCCGGGACGCCAGCGAGUAUAUCGUCCUGGAGAUCACGGAGGGUCACCUCUCCGUUCGGGCCAACCUGGGCGACGGCGCCCACGCCCUGCGGCUCCCGGGCCAGCGCCUGGACCUGGGCCAGUGGGUCCUGGUGGGCCUCAUUCGCCACGACAACCUCUUCACCCUGCGGCUGGAGCGGGGCGGGGGCUCGCGGGAGGUCCGGGCCCGGCUGGGGAGCCGCAGGGAGAUGGUGGUUCACCCGGCCAGCGUGAUGGUCGGAAACGGGCCGACCGCCGGAGACGAGGCCGACUUUCAGGGCUGUCUGCGGGACGUUCGUUUCAACGCCCAGGUGCUGCCUCUGGACGGGCGGAGCCGGGACUCGGUGACGGUGCUGGAGCGGCGGGGCGUCACCUCGGGGUGCUCCAGCGACGCCUGCAGCAGCCAGCCGUGCCCGAGCCCGCUGCGCUGCAUCGACCUGUGGAGGAAACACCAGUGCAAGUGCCUCGGCGGUCAGGUGACGGUGACGGACGACUCCGGGCAGCAGCGCUGCGUGCCGUCGCCAUGCCGACCGUCUUCCUGCCACAACGCCGGCACGUGCCUGGCGCUGUCCCCCGACACGUACCAGUGCCGCUGUCAGGAGGGGUUUAGGGGUCAGCGCUGCGAGCUGGGGCAGGUCAAAGGUCACCGGCUGCCCGCCCUCAGCCCCAGCUCCAUCCUGGCCAUCAGCAUGUGUCUGCUCGUCUUCUUCGAAUGCUUUGUCCCGCCCUCCUUCCUUUUCUUCCAGAACGGCUAUGACAUCACGGAGCUGAAGCGCCCGCUGUGCUCCAGUCUGUCCCAGUCCUCGUCUUGCACCACCGCCCCGCUCAUCAAAUCCUCGCCGGGCUCCCAGGAGGAGGUUCACCCGUCCGGCUCCUCCUGCAGCUCCGGCGCGCCCUACCUCAGCAUCCCGCACCACCACCACCACCACAACCACCACCACCAACACCACCACUACCAGCACGCCAACAACCACGGCGGCGACCCCGCCUACGCUAACUACACCCCCCGUGUAGGCGGGGACGUCCCGCCGGAGACGCGGGACGGCUACGAGGACGCCCCGUCGGGGUCGCGGUCUCACGUGGACUUUAAAAGCUACGUGGCGCGAAUCCUCUGGGAGGCGGACAACGACGGCGAGGCGCUGCCGCCGGACGCCUACCACGUCUGGUGCGUGGAGGGCUCCGGGUCGUCGGCGGGAAGCCUCAGCUCGCUGGGGUCCGCCGCGUCGCGCAGAGACGUUGUCGCCGGGGACGGCGCCGACCAGGAAGAGGGCGACGACGGAGGGUUUGCUUGCGACAGGCUGUCGCGCUGGGGCCCAAAGUUCGAGGCUCUGAGCGAGAUGUACGACCGGCCCCAGCUGGCCCUCACGUACAGGGACGCAGUGGCCUACAUACAGCGGAGCCACAGCCACGACCCGCUGCCCCACCACCACUAG